AUUCUUUCCCGCUUUCUGAAAAUAAAAAAAUCGUCGAGAAAAACUCUCCCUCUGUUUAUCCUCUCCGGACUAAAAGACCGGAGCUUGAUAAGCAGAGUGACUAAAUACAGUUUUAAAAUUUUAAAAUCUAACCUUCAUUCUUUGUGAUCUCAAAUGCUAUAGUUCUCUGAUAGCCCCGGUCAAUUAGUCAGUUAGCGGUAUUUGAAGGAAUGGCUAUCGGUGGCUUGAUUUCGAACCGGAAUUCCGGUUCUCUUAUAGGCUCAGGCGUAUUAUGUGUCUUGCCAUGGUUGACCAUGGCUGUUUUUGCAAAUGUAGGAGGCUGGAUUGCUGACACACUUGUGAGCAGAGGUCUGUCUAUAACAGCAGUUCGGAAGAUCAUGCAAUCAAUUGGGUUCUUAGGUCCAGCCAUCUUCCUUGCACAACUCAGCCACGUCAGGACUCCUGCUAUGGCUGUACUCUGCAUGGCAUGCAGUCAGGGAUCGGAUGCAUUCUCACAGUCUGGUCUCUAUUCAAAUCACCAAUAUAUUGGCCCCCGUUAUGCUGGAGUUCUAUUAGGACUCUCAAAUACUGCAGGAAUGCUUGCAGGUGUCUUUGGUACUGCCGCAACUGGAUACAUACUCCAAAGGGGUUCUUGGGCUGAUGUGUUUAAGGUGGCUGUCGCACUUUAUAUCAGAGGCACGUUAGUCUGGAACUUUUUUUCAACUGGAGAGAAAAAGUUCUUGACUAGAGUAAUAUAAGAAUGUGGGGGGGGGGAGGGGGGGG